GCAGCAAAUGGUGGUAAUGUUGCAGCCCAAUAUAAUUUAGGUGAUAUGUAUUUGAAUGGAAAGAUAUUAGGUAUAAAGGAUGUCGAAUUAGGAACAAAAUAUUUAAAAUUAGCUGCUUUGAAUAAUGAUCCUCGAUCCAUUAAGAUCCUUAAAGAAAAUAAAAUUGAUUUUUAA